AUGGCGCCUAAAGUUCCGAUGCGGUCGUCUAUCAGCCGAAGUCAGUUCUUGGAGCACGUCAAGGAGUACGACUUUAUCCGACUCACCUUUUCCGACUUGAACGGCCUCCACCUGACAAAGAUGGUGCCCGUUCGGUACGCCGAGAAAGUGGCCGCCGGCAAGUCGGAGAUCUACGCUGGCGUAAUGACAUUCGGACCGAGGAACGAGGUAAGUCACCAACUAUUCGUGCCCUGUUCAGGUCGGACGGAAUUCCGACGAGGCGACCCUGUCGAAUCUCGCCUCUGGCGACUUUAG